AUGGGCAAGAUCACAAAAGCCAUGACGGCCAAGCACCGAGAGACUCUGUCUCCGUGGCUCAAGGCCUACGUGGACGAAGCCUGCACGACACCAUUGCCCCUUCUGCCUAACAAGCUCGCCGAGUUCCCUUCGAGGUGGUCUUUUGGACGGGGAGAUCUUUACCACUGGAUCCCCCUCCUGAAUAGAUUCGACAGCAUACUCGAGCGGUUCUGCUCUUUAUAUGAGCUAGACAAAGGUCCCCAGACCCGCGAUUUCACAUCCGAACUCAUCACGUCACACAGUGGCGACCCCGAUUUGGGCGGCAAGGAUGAUUGGCAGCAACAUAUGCCAGAGGGUUUCAGGAUGCAGGACGAUGCCGACAAGCUUUUGGUUGAAUCCGUGCUGGGGUUCUCGACUAUGCUGCUCAAGCAAUGUGGCAACCGAAGCGUGUACGCGAGCAGCAGCCAUCUCAACGAUCUUCUUAACUCGUCAUCCUGGGACGUGCUCAUCGCCACUCUUGAGGUUGCCUUUGAGCUGGCCAAACGUUACCAAGCCUCAGUCAGGCGGUUGAGCAAUCCUUCGCGCCAGUGGAACGCUGCUCUUCUCGCAAAUCACUACAAUAUCGAUUUGGACCGCGUACAGCAGCUUGCGGCGCCAUUCGUGAAAAGCAAACUGGUCGGCUUGGGGGAGCCCGUGACGACCUCAACACCCGGCUCAUCUUCGAAAGGCAAAGACAAGGCAUCGGCAGCUGGUACCAGAGGUGCCCACAACGGUGUUCACCAUAAUGAUUUGGUCUCACUUGCCUGCAGCCAGAAUGACCGUUGGACCGGGUGGGGUGAUAUUCAAAUCAAAUACUUUCCCGAAGAACAGCUCGUUCUGCCUCAAGUUCCACCUCAAGUGGAAGCUUCGCAGUCUCCAACACCAGCUACACCCACUCCUCUGCGCCGCACCCAGACAAUGACUACGCACAGUCAGAGUACACCACGCUCCCGACCUGGUCACGCCGAGCAGUCCUCCCCUCUUGGCCCUAGCACGCCCUACAGCCACGAGGAUGCUGCUGGAAGCAGUCAGAAAGUGUUCGAGUUACCGCAUUCGGUGGUCAGCUCGGUCUCAAUACCAGAGCUUCUUUCACGGCUCCCCAGUGAUAUGCCAUCUGCCACCAAGUAUGAAGCCUUCCAUAGGUUGAGGGUGGCAAAGGCCAUCCUUAGCACGCCAGAAACCCGUCAACGCGCUCUAGCUGUUCGUUUCCUUGCUAUCACGAACCUCGCCUACAUUCACAAUGAAGCAAACUUUAUCGAAAAAGUGUUCCGUCAGGAUGGCGAGGAAACGCGUCGUUACCAGCUUAUUUACCAACUCGCCGAACUGAUACGUCCUUCCGCCGAUGGCACAAGUGUUGUGCCGCUGUGGCUCCAGACAAUCUCGAUGGUACUACUUGAGGUGCUCGCGUACUUCAGCACGAAAACCCAGGACGUACUAUCGGCCGUUAACGCCAAUGUUAAUCACGGGGUGCUUCUUUACGUGAUUCGAAAAGCUGCCGCUGGCUUGCGUGAGGACGACGGAACUGAAGCCAUCGGCAAGGUCACAGCUCUUGAUCAGUGGCGCAAAAGCCUGUUCGACAUGGCUAUGUAUCUCUGUGUUCAAUCUCGAUCUCAAGAAAUGGUAUCAUCUGGACUAGUGGAGGUUCUGGUUGAGAUGCUCAAUUUUCGAUCCAAGACUGUCCAGCGGUACUACCCUACCAUCAUCGGGUUCUUGGAAAGUAUCCUCUGGUACCCGGUCAACGCUUUCAACCCUUUUCUCAACAUGAAUGGUCUGGACGCUGUUGCAAGUUUGAUCGUCGACACAGUGCAGCAAGCGCAUGACCAUGUCCGAAGCGGUCAUGGCAUUAGUGACGAGCAUAAGUCAAGUCUGAUUGACUACAGAAUAUCCUACUACCAGCAACAGAGUCUCCGUGCCCUGCUUAGGCUGAUACAUCACGCGAUGACCAAUUCACCAACAAUGGGCGGCAACACUGAUCGCUUGUUGCGUAACCUUGUCGACAAAUCCGACUUGCUUGCGAGCUUGCGCUGUGUGAUUUCGGAGAAGGAAAUGUUCGGUGCAAUUGAUUGGACCUACAGCGUUACCAUCCUUAGCGACUUCAUAAACAACGACCCUACCAGUUUCUCUGUCCUGAUGGAAGCUGGUCUGAUCAAGGCCUUCCUCGCAGCUGUCACAGGCGAUACUGCGGCUGUCGAGGCCACCGCAGCUGCCGUGCAUGUCGAGGCGACGACAGCGCGCGCAGAAGAUGGGGACCCCUCAGAAGAAGCCGUGGAGGAUGAUGAGCCUACGCCAGCAGGCUCGGCGAUUCUCGCUGACAUGGACGAUGACGGGCGACCUCAUCCUCCACCGGAGGACGUACUGAGCAUGGACCGAGGUGCAUUGGCCAAGGGGAUCUUGCCUUACUCCGAUGCUAUCAACGUCGUACCCCAAGUGCUGAACUCAAUCUCGCUCAACAACGCGGGCAUGAAGAUGGUUGUUUCCUCGCAUGCCUUUGAUCAUUUCUUCCAAAUUUUCGAGAACCCCGAUCAUGUAAAGGGGAUGAUGAAAGCCAUGGAUCCUGAUCAAGAUCCCAAUAAGGAGAUCGCGAGCAAUGUGGGGCAAAGCUUUGACGAGCUCGCCCGUCACCACCCGGCAUUAAGGACGUCUAUCACCAACGCUCUCAUUGAUUUGGUCGCCCGCAUUCGAUACUUGGGCUUGAAGAAGGCUCGCACCGAUGGAUGGGGAGCUAAGCUCCGUGUUGUCAGCAGUGAUGGAUCACAUCUUGCGGUUACCAUGGAUGGAGCUCUGCGGAGCGCAUCCAUUGCCGGGGAUCAACCUACGUCGUCAACAUCAAGCGCCCGAGCCGCCGACGCUGAGAUGCCAGAAUCUUCGGAAGCUCCCGAGAAGGAUAACAGUGACACCUCAUCGUCUUCAACUUCCGACGAGACCGUCUACAACUGCUUCACACCCUACGUGCAGGCGCUGUCGACCUUUUUGAAUUCGUGCUUCAGCAAUCACGGUCUCAAGUCCGGGUUCGUUGCGCGAGGAGGGACCGAGCUGCUCCUUGACAUAUGUGAAUCUCCAUGUCAUUCUUCCACAUUUGGCGAAUCGCAGACUUCCCGAGAGCUUGGGCACGUCAUCUCUCGCUUGGUGGAGGUGUCUCCCAUUCGAACGUUGCCGUCGAUCCUCCAUCGCACUCAAAAGGCUGUAGAUGAGCUACAGCCAUUGGUCUCACAGACGGAUGUUGCAGCACCAUACCUGGCACCGUUUUUGAAAGCCGGUACGACUGUCAGUCAGCAGCCAGGAGACCUGUCCGAAGUAGUGCGGGGCGGCAGCAAGAUGGUGCACGCACUGUUGAACGUGCAAAGCCUGAUCAGGCUACUCUCCCAAUGCUUCCACAGCUCGCGAUCCCAUACUCUGACGCUAUAUCCUGUCAACGUGUAUGAUCUCUACCUCCGGCUAAUUCAGUCCAUCGGUACAUUGAUACCUGCGAUUCUGACCGAGGAAGCGGCACAGGCAAACCUGGUGCCGCAAAAGUGGUCAGGCAGGCGCUCACUUGGUGCAAUUGUGCCCGAUGAAACCGUUGAAGAUGCAGAACCAACCCCGAGCGCCGGAGAGUCCCAGGACCAAGCACAAGCCGAUUCGAAUGCCGCGUCAGGUGAUCCAGCUCGCGCUUCGGAUACCACCGACACUGCAAAUAGCUCCAACCCGCGUUACCACAAUUACGAAGUGCUUCACAAACUGCUUCAUCCCUUGCCGCCGACUAUCUAUCCGCUCUUCCAGGCACUGGGAAAGUCAUUGCUUCCACGCCGAGAGCCGACGCCAACACCUGGGAAUGAUGCUUAUACUCGAGUCCGCCAGAUCGAGUUGGCUAAAGCCCUGGCUGAUGCUUUCCUCGACCAUCUCCGAACUUCCGUCGACAAGCCUGAACACUCUUCCAGCGACUUUCACUAUUGGAUCAUCAUGUUCUUGAGUAUUCAAGAGAUGCUCGUCGAAAACGGUGGCCCAGGCAGACAUUCUGAGACAAGAUCAAAUUGCCAGAUUUCUAUGCCUGUCUUCUUCGCCUUCAAGGAACGGGGAGGCUUUGAUGUGUUGAACAGCAUUCUUCGUGUACUCUCGACGUGUGUCCAGAGUUCAAGCACGCCACCUGAGCCACAGGCCAAGAUCAAGGUUGCUGGCCUCGCGUUGAAGAAGAUACUGGAUCUGUACUACAUCCUCGGCAACGGAAAGUACAUCUCCGAAGGCGCCAAUACUUGCAAUCUGCAAAGGCACACAGACAAGAGCGCAACAGUCCCGAAUAUCUUUGAACAAUUCACUGUAGAGGUUCGCGCCGCCAUGCUACCGGCUGUCACUCAUCUCUGGACGUCUUCUGUUGUGGAGAAGGUCCCAGAUCAAACAGCGAAGAGACUGAUUGAUGUAUUGAAGCUGAUAUCACGCGGCGAGCAUGAGCCACAAUCUACGCCAACAGAUAAGAUGCCAUUCAUCUUGACGAACUGCAAAGACACUCGCUUCAGAUGGGACAACGUGCGUGCUACUCUUCGGGAUCUCCAGAGGAACGAAGCCUGGGGCGACAUUGCGCAUGAAGCCACAUAUCGAGCCAAUGGGCACAUAGGUCCCGCAAGCGAAUAUUGCACCGGUCACCUUGCUGGUAUCAUUGGUCCAAGAAAUCCUAUCCCGCCCCAGGAUCAAGACGUGCAGGGACCUCAGGAGUCAGUGGCGAACAUGCCCAGCCGAACAUCAUCUCAUGACACGGAUUUGUCCGAUGGCGAUAGAAUGUCUUUGGAUGAUCUGGACAGUGACGAGCAAAGGGACGAGGCCGGAAGCGGCUCUCAACCGUCAAUCCAUCACGCAGUUUCUGCGACUCCCGGGCCAGCUGCAGCACAGGAGACCUCGAACCAGCCAUUUCCCGCUACCAAGGACGGGUUGGACAAGCUUCGAAUUGAGUUCCGGAAGGAUCUUAUUGAGAGGUGUCUCGAUGUCAUUCGCACACACCCAAGCACUGCCAUGGAGGUAGCUGAUCUGAUAAACGCUACCAUCAUGAGACAGGAUGACAAGGAGGAGUUGGAAGAUGUUUGCUCUACGCUGACUUUUGCCCUGUCUUCCCUCGCAAUGGACGACGAAGAAAAGAAGCGUAAUGGUCAGUGCAUAUCCUCGUACGCACACCUUCUGGGGUUGCUCCUCCAGAACAAGGCGUUCUUCCAGAGCAACUUCGAUGUUCUUCGCGACAAGGUCGAAGAGUACGUCGAUCUUCUCAAGGUCCCGUCACCUAACACCGCUGAAAAUCUACCGCCAUGGAUCCCGCACAUUUUACUGGUACUGGAGAUGCUACUGCGUGAGGAUGAGCGGCCCGUGGCAGCUCAAUGGAAACCCCCACAAAGCAUAGAGGACCCCAUAGAGGAGCCUGUUCUCACUCUUCCCACACCUCUGGUUGAGCAGGAUAACCGCGACCAAUUGCUCGAGUCUGUCCUGAACCUUCUACCCCGGGUUGGAAAGGAAGAUGUGCUUGCUACGUCGGUUUUGCGCAUCCUUGUGAUUCUCACGCGCAAGCGAGCGUUGGCUAAGCGCGUCGGCGACAAACGGAACUUGCAACGCCUGUUUCUUAUGGCGAAGCAGCUAGCUGGAUCCGGCUCAGGACGCCUCAGGCAAGACAGGACAACUGCCCACAUCAUGAUGAUCCUGCGCCAUAUUGUCGAGGAUGAGGAAGUGAUCAAGCAGAUCAUGCGUACCGAAAUCCGUGCAGAGUUCUCGCACAUAACCCGUGCUCGUCACAGCCAGGCGGAUGUCCUGGCGUACCUUCGUCACAUGGCUGCACUGGCACCUCGAGCCCCUGACAUCUUUGUCGAAGUGACCAAUGAGCUGGUCCAGUUUGAGCGGUGGUCUCCUGCUACAGGAGAUCGUUCGUCGACCCUGGUGUUGAAGGAGCCCACCGCUUCCAAUCCCGACGCUCCCUCGACGGAGGAAGCUAACGUCAAGCCUUCCACGGAACAGUCAGACAAGGAAAUGUCGGAUGUACCGAAACCCCCUACUGAGCUGAAGCGACCUCUUGUCGAGAACCCGGAUGGCGUUGUUCAUUUCCUACUUAGCGAACUUGUGAACUACCGCGAAGUCGAUGAUAAGGAGCCCACUGCACCCGUCGUCGAAAGUGCGUCGAAACCUGGAGAGGCCGAGUCAACACAACCGAAGGAAGAGCCUCCAGCCGAUGGCGACGCCUCUCCCGCCGCAGCGAAGGACAAGAAACCACUCAAACCCGUCUUCAAGGCUGAAGAGCAUCCUAUCUUUGUGUACCGCUGCUUCCUGCUGAGUUGCCUCACCGAGCUUCUCCACAGCUACACUCGUACGAAAGUGGAAUUCAUCAACUUCAAGCGGAGUGCUCCUCCACUGACUUCCAACACGCCCAUAAAGCCCCGAACCAGCGUGCUCAAUUAUCUCAUCUACGACCUUUUGUGUCAGGGAAAUUUGAAUGGGACAACGGACACCAUCGCCUCUAAAAAGAAGGCUGCUACGUCUGCGCAAACACUGAAGCUGUUGGUGGCCUUGGUCACCAAAACUUCCGAGAAGCCCAUCGACCGUGGCAUUCCCAAGUACGAAUAUGACGACGAGCCUGACUUGCUAUUUGUACGCAAAUUCGUCCUGGAUACAAUCUCCAAGGCCUAUGAGCGAGCGCCAGUCUCCGAUGAUCCCUUGGAAACCCGGUACUCUCGCAUGCAGAGCCUGGCUGAGCUCAUGUACAACAUGAUCACGGAGCGCGAGAGACCCCCUCACCUCAGUCGCCCUGAGCCUUCCAACGGUCGAUCACAGGCUCAGCUUCGCCGUCUCAUGUUCGAGAAGGGAUUCCUUGAUAAGCUCACUUCGUCCAUUGCAGAGGUUAAUGUCAACUUCCCUGGCGUGAAGAGGGCGAUCAAGUACAUUCUGAGAGUCUUGAGGAUCCUCACAGAUACUGCCAAGGACCUCAGCCAUGCCAACUUGCUUCCGGCAAAUCCUGGUGCGGAGGCUGUGGAGGACGAUAUCAUCUCCACGUCGUCCUUGUCAGAUCUAGACGAUGAUCGUGAGGAGACACCUGAUCUUUACCGCAAUUCUUCGCUUGGUAUGUUGGAGCCUGGCGGGGAUGACGACGACGAAUCGGAAGAUGGCGACGAGGACGGCGAGGAUCUGUAUGGGGACGAGUACGAUGAUGAGAUGGACUACGAUGAGGAUGCAAUGUCCGAGGACGACCAAGACAAUGUCAGCGAGGACAGCGAAAUGGGCGAAAUUGAGGGUAUGCCGGGCAAUCCUGAUGUGGUCGAAGUCAUCAUGGACGGCGAUGACGACGAAGACGAUGAAGACGAGGAGGAUGACAGUGAUGAAGAUGACGAGGACGAUGAAGAUGAAGACCUUGACUCCGCCGACAUGGAGGAUGUGGAAGACCGCGUUGAAAUCAUCAAUGAAGACGGCGAACCGAUCGACGACGAUGGUAACACGGACUGGGAAAGCGAUGGCGAAGAUGACGACGAUAUGGACGAGGAAGUUCUUCAGUUCGAGCCCAACGGGCGCGAUGGCCCGGGCAACCACGAGCAUCUCGGCGUGCCAGGCGGGUUAAUCGGCAACAUGGCUAGAGCCCUACUUGAGGGUGAGGAAUACGACCCUGAUAUUAUGGACCCAGCAUUUGACGACGACGACGAUGCUGAAGACCUGGAUGACUUGGAGGAGGAGGAGGAUCAAGACGAGAUGGAGGAAAUGGAGGAUGAGGAAGAUAUGAUGCUGGAGGAGAACAUGCCUUUGAACGACGAUCCAAUGAUGCCUGAAGGACAUUUCCACUGGGAUAUGGCGGAUCGUGACGGUGAGCCUGGCGAGCGUAUGGUUCUGAUCGGUGAGCCUGGGCACAGACAUCGGGCUAUGGCUAGAGGCGAUCCCACCCGAGGAUUUCCUCCAGGCUUCGUGGUUGGUGGCCACGGUGGUCGACAUGGUACGGCAAUUGGAGGUGCUUUCCGCAGCUUCUUUAGUAGGAGGCCACAGCAUGCGCCACCUGCCGCGAGCGCUGCCGAUGAUAGCAUAAACCCCCUACUCCGACGUCAGGAGCCAGCCAGCCAAGACAACCGCCCCCAAACGUCUGGGCACUCGCGUCGUCCUUUGGAGAUCAUGCCUGAAGGCGUCAACAUCGGUGGCGGACGUCGUGGAGUUAACGACCCUAUGGGCAUCCUCGGCGAACUUCUGGAUUUCCUUCCCCAAGGAGGCCGCGACGGACAUCACUUCCACGUGCAGAUUGCUGGGCCAGGUGGUGUUGUUCCGCACGGCCGAAACCGGGAUAUGAUCCAAGAGAAUCUCUUCCGAGAUCUGAUGGGCAUGGGCAGAGGCCACGGACACGAGUCUCGACGCGACACUGGAAGUCAGGAACCGCAUCAAGCUGUCGCAUUCCAGUUGCAAAGUACCAUGGAGCGUUACACGGAAGAGGCUGCUAUGCUUUUCAUGGACAAGGUUGCCCACGAGGCCGCGAAGCUAGCCAACAUUAUCACAGCGAAACUGACACCUGCCGCUGUGGCGCGUGAGCUGAAGCUAAAAGCUGAAGAGGCAAAGAGGGCUGAGAAAGAAGAGGCUGAGCGCCAGGAACGAGAGCGUAAGCUUCGCGAAGAGAAAGAGCAAGCCGACAGAGAAGCCAAAGAAAAGGCUGAAGCUGAAGCACAGGAGGCAGCAGAACGCGCCGCUUCUCAAGCAGCCGCCGUUGCUACCUCAGAGUCCAACACUGCCACCGGAGACAACACCGAGUCCGGGGCGAUGGAAGGCGUGGAAUCCACCUCCACCACAAUCACUGAGGGCGAACCUGCUGCGCAAAGUACAACUGCCUCGGGCGAGACUAGUGCCGGCGUUGAACCCACGAGCGACGCACGCGCUUCCACCCCUGACCAGCAACGGGUAGUGACUGUCUUGAACAACCAAGAGGUCGACGUUACUGACCUGGGGAUUGACCCUGACUACCUGGCAGCUCUCCCGGAAGAGUAUAGGCAAGAAGUCAUCGCUCAGACCAUCUCAGAACGCCGCACUCAGGCACGCGAGCAAGCACCCACUGGCCAAGAUCCCGGCAUCUUCCAGGAGUUUUUGGAUGCCCUGCCCACCUCGCUGCGUCGGGAUAUUGAGGCGCAAGAAGCUCACGACCGACGCCGCCGUCGCAACGAAUCUGGCAGAAACGCUGCUGCAGCUCCAAAUGCCGGCGUCGAGAUUAAUCAAGGCAACCCAGGCGGUGCUGCCCAGCCGGCUGCUGAUGUCUUUGGCGAGAUGGACGCAGCCGACAUCCUCCUCACAUUCCCGGCUGAGCUCCGAGAACAAGUACUCGCUGAGCAGGGCCAUGAGCUCAUAGCACACCUGCCCCCGGAAAUGGCAGCCCAAGCGCGACGACUUCAACAGGACGCGGCGCCUCCACCGCGUGCCCAAGUUACUCAUCGGCGGGCUUUGGGAGCAGGAGGUCUGAGCCCUCCACCGCCCCCAGAGGCCGCCGGAAGCAGGGCCCCUAAGCCGCAGCAGCGCCGCACUGUUGUACAGAUGCUCGACAAGUAUGGCGUCGCGACACUGGUGCGACUCAUGUUCAUUGCACAGCAGGGCUCGAUUCGAAAUCACCUGUUUGGGGUCUUUGCCGACGUGUGUGAGAAUCGCCAAAACCGUCUCGAGGUGGUUAGUACCCUCUUGCAAAUCCUCCAGGAGGGCAGCACCGAUAUGCACGCAGUCGACCGCAGCUUCAGUCAGCUAUCGCUCAAGGCUAGGCGUGCAAAAGAUGAGGACAUCAAGACGCCACGAGGUCUUAAGAGAACAUCGACAUCGAUUCUUCAAGGCACGCAAACCAGCUCAGAGACUUCGCCAUUGUUGAUUGUGCAGCAGUGCUUGGAUCUACUUGUCGAGCUAUGCAGCAAGAACCCCCACGUUCCAUGGCUCUUCCUGACAGAGCACGAGACGGUGGGCUUCACCUUGAAACGUGCGUUGGGUCGAAAGGGUAAGGGGAAGGACAAAGAUUCUAGGGUGCACAAAUUUGCCAUCAACUCACUCCUGACCCUGCUGGAUCGCACGCUGGUCAUGGAUAACGCCGCUGUAAUGGCGCACCUCGCAGAUCUCCUCAACCGUGUCACCAUGCCUCUGCAAGCACUGGAUCGCCGUCGCAGAGAGGCUGAAGAGAAGGCAUCCAAGGCCAAGGAGGACGAGGUCAAGGAGCCGGAGAAGCCAAGCGAGAGCACCUCUGCAGAGCCAUCUGCAGCCCCGGAGACAGCGGCUCAUGACCAGCCUGCCGACGCGGUCGCUACAGAUGCUGCCGCCAAGCAGCCCGACGCCCAGGACCAGGGCGAUCGAUCAAACAAGUCCCGACUGCUACAGCCGCCUCUGAUUCCGGACCAGUAUCUGGUCAUGGUCGUCAAAAUCUUUGUCGCCCGUGAGUGCAGCUCGAAGACAUUCCAGAACACAAUCGCCACAAUCAAGAACCUGUCGACUCUCGAGGGUGCGAAAUCGGUCUUCGGCAACGAGCUUGUGGCCCAGGCAGAGCUCUUGAGCAAAAACAUUGUGUCGGACCUGGAUAACCUCCUGCCUCACAUCGAAAAGGCAAAGACCGGUACAGAAAUCCAAGGCGUCGCCCUCGCCAACUUCUCGCCCGGCAAUUCAGAACAAAACAAGCUGCUUCGUGUCUUGACGGCGCUCGAUCAUCUGUUUGAUGUUAAGAAACGUGGAGAGGGCAGCACUGCCGCCGAUGACCAGAAGAGUGCGCUUCUCUCUUCCCUCUACCACAACACGACAUUCUCUGCCAUGUGGGAGAAGCUUGGCGCCUGUCUUUCAGCUAUUCACCAAAGAGAGAACAUGCUCCACGUCGCCACAAUCUUGCUGCCGCUCAUCGAGUCGCUCAUGGUCGUGUGCAAGAACACUGCAGCCUCCGACACGAAUCUGCGAGAGGCCGAUAAGGACAUGCUCAUGGCGAGCCCGCCUCCCGAGUCGCGGACGGCCAGUCUUUUCUUCACCUUUACAGAGGAACACCGUCGGAUACUGAAUGAGCUUGUUCGGAGCAACCCCAAGCUCAUGUCGGGCACUUUCGCCCUCCUUGUUAAGAACCCCAAGGUGCUCGAGUUUGACAACAAGCGCAACUACUUCAACAGAAGUGUUCACUCACGUACUGGCCAGCCGCAGCAUGGUCGACCUAGCUACCCAACUUUAAACCUACAGGUUCGCCGCAACCAGGUUUUCCACGACUCCUUCAGGUCCUUGUACUUCAAAUCCGGCGACGAAAUGAAGUUUGGAAAGCUUAACAUUCGUUUCCAUGGAGAGGAGGGCGUCGACGCCGGCGGCGUCACCCGUGAGUGGUUCCAGGUCCUAGCUCGCCAAAUGUUCGACCCCAACUACGUACUCUUCAUUCCAGUCUCGUCGGAUCGCACGACUUUCCACCCGAACAAGCUCAGUGGGGUCAACGAGGAGCAUCUCAUGUUCUUCAAGUUCAUCGGUCGUAUCAUCGGAAAGGCAUUGUACGAGGGCAGGGUACUCGAUUGCUUUUUCAGCCGCGCUGUCUACAAGCGCAUCCUGGGCAAGAGCGUAUCCGUCAAGGACAUGGAGUCUUUCGACCCCGACUACUACAAGUCUCUGUGCUGGAUGCUGGAAAACGAUAUCACGGACAUUAUCACCGAAACGUUCUCAGUCGAGGACGAUGAGUUUGGCGUUACCAACGUAGUAGAUCUCAAGCCCGGCGGUCGGGACAUUCCGGUCACAGACGAGAACAAGCAAGAAUAUGUCAAGCUUGUUGUUGAGCACAAGCUUCUGAGCUCGGUCAAGGACCAGAUGGAGCAUUUCCUCAAGGGAUUCCACGAUAUUAUCCCCUCCGAGUUGAUCUCCAUCUUCAACGAGCAAGAGCUUGAGUUGCUGAUCUCUGGUCUGCCGGAUAUCGACAUUGACGAUUGGAAGAGCACCACGGAGUAUCACAAUUACACGCCGUCUUCGCCCCAGAUCCAAUGGUUCUGGCGUGCAGUUCGCUCCUUCGAUAAGGAGGAGCGCGCCAAGCUGCUUCAGUUCGUCACUGGUACCAGCAAAGUACCUCUGAACGGUUUCAGAGAACUGGAGGGCAUGAAUGGCAUACAGCGGUUCAACAUUCACCGAGCCUAUGGCAGCAAUGACCGCUUGCCAACUUCUCACACAUGCUUCAAUCAACUGGACCUUCCCGAAUUCGAGAGCUACGACGCCUUGCGGUCACAGCUGUUCAAAGCUAUAACCCAAGGCAGCGAAUACUUUGGCUUUGCAUAA